AGGUUUACCAGCUGGGUAGACAAACAAUAAGUGUGAGGAGCUCAUACAUAGGAGAAACACGGAAUAUCUAUGUGAAGUAAACACAUUUUGGAAGAUCGGAAUCAACAUGUAUGCCAGUGUGACUACAGACGGCAGCUCUGCUGGCUUCAGUACCGCAGCACCUCCAAGCAAAGACCUCGGAGUGGAAGUUGCUGACAUUGCAGUGGUUGUCAUCUACUUUAUCAUUGUCAUGGUGGUUGGAAUCUGGUCAUCAGUGAGAGCCAAUCGCAGCACUGUGGGCGGGUACUUCCUGGCUGGCCGUUCAAUGACCUGGUGGCCUAUUGGAGCCUCUUUGAUGUCCAGUAAUGUCGGCAGUGGUUUGUUUAUUGGUCUAGCGGGAACAGGCGCAGCUGAAGGCAUCGCUGUUGGAGGAUUUGAAUGGAAUGCAGCUUGGGUCCUGGUGGCUCUGGGAUGGAUUUUUAUUCCCGUCUACAUCUCUGCUGGUGUGGUGACCAUGCCUGAAUAUCUGGCCAAACGCUUUGGAGGCCACAGGAUACGCAUAUACAUGUCCGUUUUGUCACUCAUCCUAUACGUUUUCACCAAAAUAUCUACAGAUAUCUUUUCAGGGGCGUUGUUCAUCCAGAUUUCGUUUGGCUGGGAUCUCUAUCUGUCCACAGGCAUACUGCUGCUGGUCACUGCCAUUUAUACAGUGGCAGGUGGUUUGGCAGCAGUGAUCUACACUGAUGUCCUCCAGACUUUGAUCAUGGUUGUGGGAUCCUUUGCACUAAUGUUCAUAGCAUUCUCCAAAGUUGGAUGGUAUGAGGGCCUUGUGGAGCGUUACAUGUCAGCUGUACCCUCAGUGACUGUGACCAACACUACCUGCCACCUACCUCGCAAUGACGCCUUCCACUUGUUCAGAGACCCAGUGUCAGGGGAUUUACCCUGGCCAGGUCUGCUAUUUGGGCUCACCGUACUGGCUACAUGGGUCUGGUGCACAGAUCAGGUAAUAGUCCAGAGGUCUCUGUCAGCCAAGUCUUUGUCUCAUGCCAAAGGAGGGAGUGUGUUGGGAGGCUACCUCAAACUGCUGCCCAUGUUCUUUGUUGUCAUGCCAGGCAUGAUCAGCCGAGCACUGUUCCCAGAUGAGGUAGCCUGUGUGGAUCCAGCAGUGUGUCAGAGAGUGUGUGGAGCUUCGGUUGGCUGCUCCAACAUCGCCUACCCUAAACUGGUGGUGGAACUAAUGCCUGUGGGUCUUCGUGGUCUGAUGCUAGCAGUCAUGUUAGCUGCUCUGAUGUCAUCUCUUACUUCCAUAUUUAACAGCAGUUCCACUCUGUUUACUCUGGAUCUCUACCAUCGAGCCAGGCCUAAAGCAUCAGAGAGGGAACUCAUGAUUGUUGGAAGGUUGUUCAUCCUGGUCUUGGUGUGUGUUAGUCUGUUGUGGAUUCCAGUCAUCCAAACAGCUAAUAGUGGACAGCUAUUUGAUUAUAUCCAGUCAGUGACCAGCUUUCUAGCGCCACCCAUUACUGCUGUAUUCCUGAUGGCUAUCUUCUGGCCACGUGCCAAUGAGCAGGGGGCAUUCUGGGGUCUGAUGUCUGGACUAGUGGUUGGACUGAUCCGCAUGGUUCUGGAGUUCUCCUAUCAAGCUCCUUCCUGUGGUCAGCCUGAUCAUCGACCUGCUAUCCUGGCAAAUGUCCACUACCUGUACUUUGCUCUUAUCCUGAUGGCUCUCACCUGCCUUAUCAUUGUUGCCGUCAGCUUGGCUACUGCCCCGAUACCUAAAGAACACCUGCACAGGCUGACCUGGUGGUCCAGAUACAGCCAGGAGCCCCGGAUUGACCUCUCAGGUCCCCAGGUGACCUCCAACCCGGUUCUUUCUGACCUCAGCCCUGACUCUGACAGUUUGUCAGGUUCCUGGUGGUGCAGAGCUGCUCUGCGGCUCUGUGGUCUGACUGGUUCAAGCUCGGAGUCUCUAUCUCCAGUAACUGAAAGCAGUGAACUAAACUCCCUGCAGGAGGAGCCACUCUGGAGACAAGUCUGCAAUGUUAACGCCUUGCUGCUCCUGACCGUUAAUGUGUUUCUGUGGGGAUACUUUGCCUAAUGUGCAGGUUAAGUGUGCAACUGAUGUACUGGAUUGCCAUUCUUUUGUUAAACAAUGAGUGAAUAAAAUAAAUGGCUUGCCUAGAUGUUGGAUGUUAA